AUGCGUCUAUCAGGCAUCCAUGAUGUGCGCCUCACAAGCAAUUCACAACUCAUUAUCCGGCAGAUAGAUGGGACGUACCAAGCCUCGAAUCCAUGUUUGCAGCGAUACCUUCAACUCGCUAAACACUAUAUCGAGCAGAUACCAAAUAUCACGUUCCGCCACUUAAAUCGAAUCAACAACAGUUAUGCUGAUGCCCUAGCGUUCAUAGCUUCUAUGACAGUUGGCCCUGAAGCUACCAAUGUCAGAAUUGAAAGGGUUUUACUCCCCUCCAUCCCCUUGGAAGGAAACAUGGACAUCCUCGCUGUCGACUCAGUAGCCCAGGAGGAAAGUCUUCCAGAGGAUGACUGGAGGACACCAAUCAUGAAGUAUCUAACUAACGGAUACCUCCCAUCGAUCAGUUAA